CUUGUCACUACUCGGCACUUUUUACAGUUUCAGACCUGCAGGUAGAGGAGUCAGCGCCAUUGUGGUAGUGGAGUGCAUUUAUUAGCUGGUAAGGGUGUGAACCCCACGGCAAGGACGCAACACACGCACCGUCAACGGGAAAGAAGAAUGGCUCGGAAUGUUAACUUCGACAUGGGCCACCCCCUCAUUGAAGCUGGACUGGAGAGCCCAGCAGAUGAGGAAGGUGUUCAUGACUCAUUCCACCAGCUGGUAGCAGAGCAGAUUCACAACGAAGACCUGGGUGAAGUCUUCGAGCUGCAGCAACCACAGAAAAAACUUGAUGAAGAGAGCCGAGACUACGUGGCCAACCUGUCCAGCCCUGGACCAGAGAGCAGUGACUGGAGGAAUCAUGGUGGACUGGUAGGAAUGCAGGAGGAUGAAAGAGAAACGGACCCUUCCACUGGUGAACGUUGGUCGUCAGCCACCUUGAAGAUCCUGUCUUCCAUGCCCAGUCGCACCAUUGGCCGCAGCAGGGGAGCCAUUAUCUCUCAGUACUACAACAGGACCAUGCAACUUCGGAGGCGCAAGCAGAGCAGACCCUCCAUCCAAGACUUCUCACGGUCGGCUAGACCAAGCAUACGAGGUUACGGCAUGGAGACAGACAAUACACAUGCAGAGGUAAAUAAAAGGGAACGUCUGGUGAAUAACUUGCAGAACCUGUCGGUUAGCGACAGAGUCAGGAUGCUCCGGGCUAUGCCUCUCUGUGUAGCAGAAAAGAAUGAACUCAGAAGGCUAGCUUUGAAAAAGGAGAGACGCACUCUGUCUGGCAAUCAGAUCCCCUGCUGCAGUCGACUCAAAUAUUACAUCAUAAUUGCUGCAAGACAGAGUUGGUACAGUUGGCUGUCCUUUGUGCACUCCCUCCAGCUGUGGCAAGUAGCACUUAAGCGUGUGAGCGGCCGUUUCGGCAGCGGGGUCCUCUCGUACUUCGUGUUUCUCAAGACCCUACUCUUCUUCAACAUCUUCCUGUUUCUGAUGACCGGUUUGUUCAUGGUGCUUCCUCAGGCAGUGCACCCUCCAGCUCUGUCUAAUGGCAGACGCUCUUUCACUGGACUGGAGCUUUUUACUGGAGCGGGAUAUUUCUCGGACACAGUGAUGUACUAUGGAUACUACUGUAACUACACUCUGCGUAUGAGCUGCAGCAACGAAAGUGAGCAGUAUAUGUCCGUGUCCAAUAGAACCAGUCUGGACUGCGCGAAGCAUCUGCCUUACAAGAUGCCACUUGCCUAUUUCUUUACUAUAGGCAUGGCCUUCUUCGUCACAUGUAUCAUCCUUGUGUACAGCAUGUCAAAGUCAUUUGGUCAAAGCUUCCGAAUUGACAAAUCUCAUAGCAUCCUGGCCAUGAAGGCUUUCUGCUCCUGGGACUUCAAGGUCAUCAAAAAAUCUUCAGUUAAACUCAUGUCUGAGAAUAUCUGCACCCAGCUCAAGGAGCUGCUUGCAGAGGUGACUCAUCAACAUUCCAAAAACACUCUGUGCCAGAAGUUGUGGAGAGUGGCGGUCCACUGUCUGGCGUGGGCUAUCUGUGUUGCGAGCACUACAGCUUGUGUGCUCUGCAUCUACUACUUCUCUGAAUACAUGCACCGGAACCUCCAGGAAAGCUCUCGCAGUGUGACCAAGGACCCCUUGCUGAACGAGGCCAGCCUGCUGGCUCUCCCUGUGGUGGUGUCUUGUAUAAACUUGCUGCUGCCUAUCAUGUUCCACCUGGCGGCAUGGAUGGAGGACUAUGAGUCACCAUCUGUGCGCACAUAUGUUGCCAUUGGCAGAAACUUGAUGUUAAAAGUGAGUGUGCUUGGAGUACUCUGCUACCACUGGCUGGGUCGAGUGGCUGCUGAUCCAAACAGUAUUGGCCUGAAGUGCUGGGAGAGUUUUGUUGGCCAGGAACUUUAUCGCUUCCUGUUAAUGGAUUUCAUCUUCACUCUACUAAACACCUUGUUUGGAGAGUUUCUGUGGAGGUUGUUUUCAGAGAAUGUGCUAAAGAAGAACAGGAAACCGGUGUUUGAUAUUGCCAAGAAUGUUCUUGACCUCAUCUAUGGGCAAACGCUGGCCUGGCUGGGUGUUCUCUUCACUCCUCUGCUGCCUGCAGUGCAGAUACUGAAACUCCUGCUGCUCUUUUACAUUAAGAAGAGCAGUGUGAUGAUGAACUGUCAAGCCCCCAGUAGGCCGUACAGAGUCAGCCAGAUGACCACCAUCUUCAUCACUCUCCUCUGCUUCCCCGCCUUCCUCGGGGCCUCGGUGUGUGUAACCUACACCAUGUGGAGUAUCACACCCUCCUUGUCAUGUGGGCCCUUUCGUGAACUCAAAACAAUGUUUCAGGCGGGAAAGCGUUGGGUGGAAGACCUCGAAAAGGAAAAUCCCAAUUUAUCAGUGUUGGCCAGGGCUCAUUCAUAUCUGGUGGAGAACCCUCUAUUCCUGUUUGUGGGAGCAGGCAUCUUCCUGAUUGUCAUCUAUUUCCACAGUCAAGUUGUGGAUGGUCAAAGGAAGAUCAUCGGCCUACUGCAAGAGCAAAUAGAGAAUGUAUGUCAAGUUGUACAGUAUAUUAGGGGAGGGAGAAGACAAGAAAUUUCUCAUCACUCGCCUGCAGUCCAUCCAUGAGCAGAGACGAACUCCCUCCCGGAGGCUCACAAACCAGGAUAGUACCUGCUGAGACACCAACUACUGUACUCUCGCAGACAAGCUCCCUUCAAACCUGAAGGCCUUUUAACUGGAAAAAUCACUUGACAAGGGUAGUGGCAUCUGACCACAAUUCAAAUGUUUAAUGCAAUUGUUGAACUGAAUUUAAGGGUAUUUGAUGAGGGAAAGGCAUUUGCAGAGGUAAAAUACCUGAACUCAAAUGUUAGGAAUUUAAUGGACUGUAUAAGUGACAAGAUAACUAACUGAUUUAAUCAGUUUAAAAAAGUUGUAUAUGCACUUUGAUAUGACCUGUGAACUGUAUUUUAACUCUUGUAUGAAAAGUAUACAGUAGUCUUUUUUAUUGUGGAAUAAUUUUACAAGUACUUGCACAGCCAGACACUGGAUGCUGGAAAUUGUCUUACAUUUGUAUGUUUUUAGAGUUAUAACGCUCUAGUUAUACUUAUUCAAAUUAAAUUAUAUUUUAUACAUA